AUGGAUAUAUCCAAUGCUUUUCUUCAUGGUACUUUGGAGGAGGAAGUUUAUAUGGAUCAGCCUCCGGGUUUCAUUGAUGCCUCUUUUCCCUCUGAUGUUUGUAAGCUCCAGAAAGCCUUGUAUGGUCUCAAACAAGCUCCUCGCACUUGGUUUUCCAUUUUCUCCAAAUUUUUGCUCAGUCAAGGCUUUUGUUUGAGUCAUUCUGACUCUUCUCUGUUUGUUCGCAAGACUUCUUCCACUAUUACUAUUAUUCUCAUCUAUGUCAAUGACAUCCUCUUUACUAGUAGUGAUUCCUGCUUCAUUGCAUCUCUUCUUCAACAGAUAAGUCUAAUUGGAGGCCUCCAGUAUUUAACCAUUACUCGACUUGAUUUGGGUUUGGCUAUCAAUCAGGCUUGCCAACAUAUGCAAGCCCCUACUAAUGGUCAUUUUGCUCAGGUCAAGCGCCUGCUUCGCUAUGUUAAGGGCACUUUACAUUAUGGUCUUUCUUUUAGCCUUGGCCCUUUUUUUCUUCAAGCCUUUACUGAUUCAAAUUGGGCUAGUGACGGCUUGGAUCGGUGCUCCAUAUCUGGUUUUUGUGUAUAUCUUGGUCCUAAUCUACUUUCUUGGUCUGCUAAGAAGCAACCAACUGUCUCUUGCUCAUCCAUUGAGGCAGAGUACCGGUCCAUGGCCUAUACAACCGCUGAACUCUGUUGGAUACAAUAG